UGGACACAUCGCAGUACUGCAGCCUCGGCAGCAUGGAAUACGCCAAGCAGAUAGUCGCUGCGGAAACUAAGGGGGUCUGCUGCGCGAAGAAGUUCAUGGCCAGCUGCUUUGAGGGCUACAACGACUUCACUGCAGACUCCAGGAAAGCCACAGUGCAGUGGAAGGACGAGAAGAAGCGAGGAGGAGAAGAUGUCCUGGCUGAUCUGGAGGAAGCCUACACCAGCAUCCUGAGGGGGUUAGGGGAGGACCCAGGGAGGCAGGGACUGCUAAAGACCCCCAGGAGAGCCGCUACAGCAAUGCAGUUCUUCACCAAAGGUUACCAAGAAAACGUUCCCGACAUUCUGAAUGAUGCCAUCUUUGAUGAGGACCACGAUGAAGUAGUCAUUGUGAAAGAUAUUGAUAUGUUCUCACUUUGCGAACAUCAUUUAGUUCCAUUUUUUGGCAAGGUACACAUAGGUUACCUACCGAAUAAGAGGGUGGUUGGACUAAGCAAACUGGCAAGGAUUGUUGAAAUCUACAGUAGAAGACUUCAAGUUCAAGAACGACUGACCAAACAAAUUGCAGUGGCACUUACAGAGGCUUUGAAACCAGCUGGAGUAGCUGUUAUCAUUGAAGCAACGCACAUGUGUAUGGUAAUGCGAGGCGUGCAGAAAAUUAAUAGCAAGACCAUGACUAGCACGAUGCUUGGAGUUUUCCGUGAGGACGAAAAGACACGGGAAGAAUUUCUUACACUGACAAAGGAAUAGAAGGACCAUUCCAGUUCUAUCCCAUGUUAAAACUUUAGGAAAGCCUGCUGACCUGCCAUGAGAAAUGGAUUAUACUGAAGCAAUAACUUCUGUUUGGCUUAAGGUUUAAAAAAUCCCAUGGUGAAUUGUGUACAUUAUUAAUGCUGAAUAUUCCAAAUAGCACACUUAAUUCAAGCAGGGACCAAGAAACUACCAGGAUACUAUGAGAAAACAGUGUUUUGGUGUUGUUAUGCAAUAUUUAAGUAGGAUAAAAUGCAUUAUUCUUAGUGUGAAAUUGUAGGUUUAUGUUAACUAUAAAUCUAUUUAUAUAUGAUUCUACUGUGUCAUUUAACAUUGUGAAAUGUUUCUGACUUUUUAGGGACUAGUAUUUAAUAAUGCUUAAACCAAUGUUUAUUGGCAGGCUGCUCUGAUUAAUUUGCCAGGGAGCAAGUUUACAUGAUCAUAAAGUGGGAAAUGUUUAAUCAACUCAAUAAGUCUGAAUACAGCCAUCUAUUUAAUAUGUUCAAAUUUCAAAACUAGACAAGGCAACAGCCUUGCAUAUCUCGGAACCUAGGUAAAAAUCAGCCUGGUCACCAUGUUAACGUUUACUUACACUGGAGUGCCCUUGACACUGAUCCAGCUCCCUCAGAGCCAGCUCUCAGAGUGAACAGGAUGUCUGACACUCCUAUUCUUACCUGUCAGCCAAAGCUCCCUGAUUGGAUCUGAUUAACAAUGAAAUAUUCCAACUCCACAGAUAUUUUCAUACCCUAUGAAGUCCAUCUGGCUGAUCUCAUUACAAUCACUAUGGAUGCUCCUCUCACUGCUGACUUCAUGACUCUCAACAUAGAUUGAACCUUUCAGUUUGUACGAUUAGCUACCUCUGUCCACAGGCUUGCAUAUGUGGUAAUUGGAAAAAUUGCAAAAAGUGCACUUCUGAAGUUUUAGCUGAGAUAUUUUGUUUUGACCAAGUAGAGGCAGCUUCACUUUAUGGUCAGCCAUAAGUGUUUUACUCUGGGAAAUGUGAAAAUUAUUCACGAUUUUUUAAAAAAUUGACAUGUUUUGCAGGCCCUUUUUUCCUGCUGCAAUCUACAGUUGUGAAUUGGCUUCUGAAAACUAAUAGAUCUGUGCUGAAUUAGCCAGAGAUCUGUGAAGGAGUAAUAUUUUUUAUUUCUUCUGGGAUAUAAGAUUUGCUACCAAGCCCAAAUUGCCCAUUCCUAAAUACCAGUUAGAAGAGUGUGGUCAGCUGCCUUCCUGAACCACUACAAUUCAUAUGUUCUGGAGGUGGGGAGAGGGUGUGGAAGGGGGAGGGGUAUUGUGCUGCUAAGAAGGAAGAUCCAGGAUUUUGACAGAAUAACAGUGAAGGAAUGGUAGCUUGUUCCAAGUUAAGAUGGUGCAUGCCUUGAUGAAGAACAAUACAUUUAGUGAUGUCCAUAUGCACCUGUUGGCUCUAUUCUUCUAGGUGUUGCUUUAGAAGGAUCUUUUGGUGGAGCUUUUGAGUUGCUGCAGUGCAUCUUGGAGACAGAAGACAGGUGUUCUUGCACUGUUCGUCUUGGGGGAAGUGAAUGUUUAGAUGAUGGCUGGGCUGCCAAUAUUUUUACACUUCAUUAUUGGAGCUGUGUUCAUCCAGACAAGUGAAGAAUAUUCAAUCACACUCUUUGAAGUUAGCUUGUCAAUGGUGGAUGGGAUUUGGGUGUGUACAUUUAAAAUAUUCAGCAUAAAAUUCCCAGCUCUUAACACAACAAAUAUGUUUCUAUUCAGUCUUAACCUCAGGAUGUUGUUGGUGGUAGAUUCAGUGAUGGUAAUGAUGUUUUCGUCAGGGGAGGUGCUUAGAUUCUCUUUUGCUGGAGAUGGUCAUUGCCUGGCACCUGUGUGACAAAGAUUACUUGCCAAUUAUUAGCCCAGCCUUAAUUUUGUUAGGCACUUAUGCGUAGGCAUAAACUGCUUGGUGCAAAUGUUACUGAACAUUGAGCAUCAUCAUCAACAUUUGCUUCUAUCUUUAUGAUGCAAGGAAGCACAUUGAUAUUAGGACACCACAAUUGUCCUCUGUAAUUCCAGACCACUGAAAGGAUAGGUUAGCUGAGCUUUUUACUCCUGGUCAAUAUCCAUUGACCACAGCUGCAGGUACUGAGAUCAGAAUUAGCCUUGACUGGGACACCUCCACAGUUGACUAGCCUACAAAUACCACAGUCUACAAACACUGGCUGCUCAAAUGAAUUUUUGGAAGUUGCGUGUUGCUAACAGGAAUGUCGUUUAGUAAGACACAGUGCCUUCAAGAAAGAAAAGGAGGGAAAACUAGAAAAGGGAAUGCUCUGCUUUUAAUAUAUAAUCAACAGUACAUUCAGCUUCAAUAGUAAUUUAUCUGGAAUGGAAUAUAUUUUAAAGAAUCCGUUUGAUAUAGAAAUUGCAGCUGAUGUUGUUAACAUAAAAGUGAGGGAGAAAUUUUCCGAGUCCAAGAUGGAUGCUAGUUGAUCACCAGCCUAUUUUACAACCAAACCAUGCUUUCAUCAUAAAGUCAAUGGAAAGGCAAAGUGGGGAGAUUGUCACAUGGGCUGCUAUGUUUAUCGUCUGUUAGGUCCUGUCACCUAUAUUUUGUGCUAACACCUGUUGUGUGCUCCCAUCUACUGUGAAUUUUCCCUCAUAUUUGUUUUUACCAAUUCUUCUAAUUCUGCACUUUAGUGAAGAUAUUAAUGUGCUUAGUUAGAAUAGGUUAAUGCCUCCAAUUACAUCACAACUAGAAGGCUUUUUAGAAUCCCUACAGUGUGGAAACAGGCCAAUCAGCCCAACAAGUCCACACCACCACACCGAAGAGCAUCCCACCCAGACCUAUCCCCCUUCCCUUUCUCUGUAACCCUGUAUAUCCCAUAGCUAAUCCACCUAACUUACACAUCCCUGGACACUAUGAGCAAUUUAGCAUAGCCAAUUCAACUAACCUGUAUAACUUUAGACUGUGGGAGGAAACCGGAGCACUCAACAGAAACCCACACAGACAUGGACAGAAUGUGCAAACUCCACACAGGCAGUUGCCUGAAGGUGGAAAUGAACUGGGUCCCUGGCACUGAGAGGCAGCAGUGCUAGCCAUCGUGCCACCCAAGAAAUGAGGGCUCGUCUGGGAAUUGAACCCAGGAACCUCUCGCAUCUCAACAACAUACAAGCCCCCUAAGCAAGAAUCACACCCACAGACCAACAAGCGUUCCCCAUUUCAGAUAAACAUGCUAAAUAUUUGUAAAAAGACAUUGGCAACAACAAUUUUCACUGUUGCCUUCUUUAUCCCAUGGGUUUAACAUUAUAAAUUACAAUACAAAUCAGAGAACAGAAAAGUAUACAGAUGAAAUUAUUUUACUGUUUGGAUACUUUCAGUAAAUUUAAAAGACCUUAUCCUUUUUAGAUUAACACGGCAUUUAUCAUCCUGAGGUAACUCAUACACCUCUGAGUAAACAGGACUAUCACGAUUAACAAUUUGUAUAAAGAACACCAAUUCAUGGUCUCACCAACAAAAUUACCAAAAGAACUCUUAUUUAUAAGAGCAUCUUUCAUGACCUCAAGAAUGCAUAAAGCAAUUUGCAGUUCUAGAAAAGUAUUUAAAUGUAGUCACUGUUGUUUGUAGGGAACUCGGAAGAAGGCUGAAAAGCAGGACUUCCAGGGUGGUUAUCUCCGGAUUGCAUCCAGCUCCUUGGGCUGGAGAGGGCAGGGAGAGGGAGAUAAUGGACCUGAACGUGUGGCUGAGGAACUAGUACAGGAAACAAGGAUUUAAAUUCUUAGAUCACUGGGGUAUGUUUUGGGGUAAGGAUAAAUUGUACAAGAGGAACGGGUUGCACCUUAAUAGGUGGGUGACCAGCAUUCUGGCAGGCAGGUUUGGCACUGCAACACAGGUGUGUUUAAACUAAGUAGUGGGAGGGGGGACAAACUGGAAAUUUAAGAAUGAGGUUAAAGGGAAAAUGAGAAUAAGGGAAGUUGAGAAAAACAACAGAAUCAGCGGAGCAGAAAACUCAAGAAGGGAUCGUACAGUAUGGCCAAGUGAAAUACGGAUUGAUAGGAAGGGUGAGGGGAAUAACAAAUCAAAAAUAUUAUAUAUGAAUGCACGAAGCAUAAGAAAUAAGGUGGAUGAGCUUGAGGCUCAGUUGGAAAUUGGCAAGUACGAUGUUUUGGGGUUAACUGAGAUGUGGCUUCAAGUGGACAGGGUCUGGGAAAUGAAUAUUCAAGGCUAUACGUGCUAUCGAAAGGACAGACUGAUGGGCAGAGGGGGCGGGGUGACCCUGUCACUCAGCAAUGAUAUUCAGUCUCUUGUAAGGGGGGGGGACAUAGAAUCAGGAGAUGUAGGGUCAGUAUGGAUAGAGCUGAGAAAUUCUAAGGGUAGAAGGACCCUAAUGGGAGUUAUCUACAGGCCCCCAAACAGUGCUCAGGAUGUAGGGCGUAAGUUGAAUCAGGAGUUGAAAUUGGUCUGUCGCAAAGGUAUUACUACAGUUGUUAUGGGAGAUUUCAACAUGCGGUAGACUGGGAGAAUCAGGAUGGUACUGGACCCCAAGAAAGGGAGUUUGUGGAGUGCCUCUGAGAUGGAUUCUUAGAAUAGCUUGUACUGGAGCCUAUCAGGGAGGAGGCAAUUCUGGAUCUGGUGUUGUGCAACAAAACGGAUUUGAUCAGGGACCUCGAAGUAAAGGAGCCAUUAGGAGGUAGUGACCAUAAUGUGAUAAGUUUUAAUCUGCAAUUUGAGAGGGAGAAGGGAGAAUUGGAAGUGUCAGUAUUGCAGUUGAAUAAAGGGAACUAUGGAGCUAUGACAGAGGAGCUGACCAAAGUUCAAUGGUUCAGUACCCUAGGAGGAAUAGCAGUAGAACAACAAUGGCAGGUAUUUCUGGAUAUAAUGCAGAAGGUGCAGGAUCAGUUCAUUCCAAAGAGGAAGAAAGAUCCUUCGGGGAGGCAGGAGCAGCUGUGGCUGACGAGGGAAGUUAAGGACUGUAUAAAGAUAAGAAAAGUAUAACAUAGCAAAGAUGAGCGGGGAGCCAGAGGGCUGGGAAGCUUUUAAAGAGCAACAGAAGAUAACUAAAAAGGCGAUAUGCAGAGAAAAAAUGAGCUAUGAAGGAAAACUGGCCAAAAAUAUAAAGGAGGAUAGUACGAGCUUUUUUAGGUACGUGAAAAGAAAAAAAAAAUGGUUAAGACUAAAAUUGGGCCCUUGAACACAGAAAUGGGUGAAUUUAUUAUGGGGAACAAAGAAAUGGCAGAAGAGUUGAAUAGGUACUUUGGAUCUGUCUUCAUAAGGGAAGACACAAGCAAUUUCCCAGAUGUAAUAGUGGCUGAAGGAUAUAGGGUAGUGGAUGAACUGAAGGGAAUUUAUAUUAGGUGGGAAAUGGUGUUGGAUAGAUUGUUAGGUCUGAAGGCUGAUAAGUCCCUGGGGCCUGAUGGUCUGCAUCCCAGGGUACUUAAGGAGGUGGCUCUAGAAAUCGUGGACGCAUUGGUAAUCAUUUUACAAUGUUCUAUAGAUUCACGAUCAGUUCCUGCGGAUUGGAGGGUGGCUAAUGUUGGCCCACUUUUCAAGAAACGAGGGAGAGAGAAAACAGGGAGUUAUCGACUGGUUAGCCUGACAUCAGUGGUGGGAAAGAUGCUGGAGUCAAUUAUAAAAGAUGAAAUUACGACUCAUUUGGAUAGCAGUAACAGGAUAGGUCAGAGUCAGCAUGAAUUUACGAAGGGGAAAUUGUGCUUGACAAAUUUUCUGGAAUUUUUUGAGCAUGUAACUAUGAAGAUGGACAAGGGAGAACCAGUGGAUGUAGUGUACCCGGACUUUCAGAAAGCCUUUGAUAAAGUUCCACAUAGGAGAUUGGUGAGCAAAAUUAGGCACAUGGUAUUGGGGGCAAAAUACUGACUUGGAUUGAAAAUUGGCUGGCUGACAGGAAGCAAAGAGUAGUGAUAAAUGGGUCCCUUUCAGAAUGGCAGGCGGUGACCAGUGGGGUACCACAAGGUUCUGUGCUGGGACUGCAGCUGUUUACAAUAUACAUUAAUGAUAUAGAUGAAGGCAUUAAAAGUUAUAUUAGCAAAUUUGCUGAUGACUCAAAGCUGGGUGGUAGUGUGAAAUGUAAGGAGGAUGUUAUGAGAAUACAGGAUGACUUGGACAGUUUAGAUGAGUGGACGGAUGCAUGGCAGAUGCAGUUUAAUGUGGAUAAAUGUGUGGUUAUCCACUUUGACAAGAACGGGAAGGCAGAUUACUAACUAAAUGGAGUCAAGUUAGCUAAAAGGGAAGUACAACAAGAUCUAGGUGUUCUUGUACAUCAGUCAAUGAAAGCAAGCAUGCAGGUACAGCAGGCAGUGAAGAAAGCUAAGGGGAGCUUAAACAAGGAAUUAAGUAUAGGAGCAAAGAGGUCCUUCUGCAGCUGUACAGAGCCCUGGUGAGACCGCACCUGGAGUAUUGUGUGCAGUUUUGGUCUCCCUCUUGCUAUUGAGGGAGUGCAGCGUGGGUUCACAAGGUCAAUGCCCGGAAUGGCGGGACUUUCAUAUGUUGAAAGAUUGGAGCGACUGGGUUUGUAUACGCUGGAGUUUAGAAGGAUGAGAGGGGAUCUGAUUGAGACGUGUAAGAUUAUUAAGGGAUUGGACACUGUGGAGGCAGGAAGCAUGUUUCCGCUGAUGGGUGAGUCCAAACCAGAGGACACAGUUUAAAAAUAAGGGGUAGGCCAUUUAGAACAGAGUUGAGGAAAAACUUCUUCACCCAGAGAGUGAUGGAUAUAUGGAAUGCUCUGCCCCAGAAGGCAGUGGAGGCCAAGUCUCUGGUUACUUUCAAGAAAGAGAUGGAUAGAGCUCUUAAAGAUAGUGGAAUCAAAGGUUAUGGGGAUAAGGCAGGAACAGGAUACUGAUGGUGGAUGAUCAGCCAUGAUCAUAAUGAAUGGUGGUGCUGGCUCAAAGGGCAGAAUGGCCUACUCCAGCACGUAUUGUCUAUUGUCUAUUGAAACAGAAUGCCACUUUGCACACAGUCAACUCCCAUAAGCAGCAGUGAGAUAAGUGGCCAGAUAUCUGUUUUAAAUGUUAGUUGAUUGAAAGAUAAAUGUUGGCUAGAAUAACGUAUUUCUUUUAUGGGAGAGACCCAACAGACAGCAUCUCUGACUUGCUCAGCAUCAGCCUAGGUUAUGCGAUCAAUUAACUUGUGUGGCAUCCGAAACCACAAUUUUCCUGAUUCAAAAGCAAGAAUGACAGUACUGAGUUAAGACACCUAUUGAAAAUGCAAAACAUUUUAAAAGAUAUUACCAAAAUGGUGCUUUGCAAUUAAUUCUUAUUUCAAAAUAACACUAUAAUCUACAACAUGACCUUAAUGACAAGUACUAUAUAAAAUGUCUUAUGAAAUAAAAUAAAGAUUUAGAGAUUCUGUCAAGCACUAUCAACUGAAUGUUCUGCCUGUUGUUUAAGUGACAAACGUUUUAUAUGUUGCUGAACUAAAGGUCUCUAGCCUUUCUGCGACAGUUGUUUCAUUAUCCAUGUUUGUAUACACUGCAGUUCUUCUUCAUAUACAUUAUAGUCAAGACACUGUAAAAUGAAAAAGGGUUUUAUUUUAAUGGCACUGGAUUUGAAUAUUUAUAUAAAUGUGUUGUGCCUUUUGAUUGUGUAUUUUGAAUGUGUGCAAAAUGAAAGAAUUAGAAAUUGGGGAUGAUUUGAUGUAUAAACAUUUGUGAAAACAUUUCUCACUAUUUAACUACAUACAAUAUUAAUGUAUGUAUGCAAAUUUAAAAAUGUACCAAAAUUUAUGUUGCACCUAUUAAUAGAAGUGUUUUUCAUGAUU